AUGCCUGAUAUCGACCUUAACUUUAUUAUUCGGGGUGAUGGAGUUGAUGGUAUUUUCACUCUAUCUGUCGAUAAUGGGAAGUCGGUCGAGUUUCUAAAAAAUGAGAUCCGAACCAAUCAACGUAACUUGAAUAAAUUCGAUCUAUAUAAGAAUUUUUCUCAAUCGAAUAAUGCUUUAGUCAGUACAUUAAGAAAUCCAGUCACACCCGAUGAGAGACAAGGACGACUUAUGGUUCCGCAAGAAAAAAUUUCCGAGUAUUUUACUGUCUUAGACAUCCACGCUCUCAGAGAAAAUCCCCCUUAUCUUCCAGAAGAUGGUGAAAUAGGUCCUAUAAAUGUUAUUAUCUAUCCCUCUGCUGAAUAA